AGCGUGCGCGUUCCCGCCACCGGUGGUGCUCCCGCACCCUCUGCCACCACUGCCGUCACCGUCGCUGCCCGGGUUCCUCAGACUGAGGAGCACGACGGCCUGCUGCCCAGCAGUGCCGUGGAACGGGGAGCGAAGCCGGCUGGCGGGCGAACGGACAGGUAGGGUCUCUCUCUAGCCCAUGUGAUGACCUGGAAUUCACUCUGUAGUCCCAGGCUGCCCUGGAACUACAAAUGAGUCUGAUCUACCAGCUUUGCUUCUCCUGGCUUCACCUCCUGUUAUCAUAGGUGCACUGGAUCACAGACAUAUUAACCUAACAUGGCUGACCAGAGGCAGCGCUCACUCUCUACCUCCGGGGAAUCGCUCUACCAUGUUCUUGGGCUAGACAAGAAUGCAACCUCAGAUGACAUUAAAAAGUCUUAUCGGAAGCUUGCCCUGAAAUAUCACCCUGACAAGAACCCUGAUAACCCAGAGGCUGCAGACAAGUUUAAAGAGAUAAACAACGCCCACGCCAUCCUGACAGAUGCCACAAAAAGAAACAUCUAUGACAAGUAUGGCUCUCUGGGGCUCUACGUGGCUGAGCAGUUUGGGGAGGAGAACGUCAAUACCUACUUCGUACUCUCCAGCUGGUGGGCUAAGGCCCUGUUUGUCUUCUGCGGUCUUCUCACCUGCUGCUACUGCUGCUGCUGCUUAUGCUGUUGCUUUAACUGCUGCUGUGGGAAAUGCAAGCCCAAGGCACCUGAGGGCGAGGAGACUGAGUUCUACGUGUCCCCUGAAGACCUGGAGGCACAGCUACAGUCCGAUGAGAGGGAGGCCACAGACACACCGAUCGUCAUACAGCCAGCAUCUGCCACAGAGACCACCCAGCUGACAGCUGACUCCCACCCCAGCUACCACACUGACGGGUUCAACUAAGUUCAGGAGAGGCUGUGAUUAGAGGAUGAAUCAGCACCCAGCCACCACAACCUUAGAAUCAUGAACUGUAGUCACCAAGAUGGAGAGGCAGCCAUCAGCCUGACCUGUUGUGGCUGGUCAGGGCCCCUCCCACCCCCCAUAAAGUCCACCCAUCCAUUGAUCCUUGAUACAUGAAGUGCGUAGCAUGCAGUAUUUAAAGCAGUGUAGCUACGGUCUUCUUCUAAAUUCUGUUUUAUUCUUUUUAAUAGCAUGUAUGAGUUAUGUUCAAUGUCUUUGUUGUGGAUGUGCCCUGGCCUGCUUAUAUUAAUUGGAUAGUGGAGCUGCCUUGGGCUUUUUAGCCAAGUGGAUCCAGUGAGAUGCAGCUGUCAGGCUCCACCCAGGCAGGUGGGCUAGGGAAAGGAUCCUCCCCAUUUUCCCUUGUGCUUGCAGGGUGAGAGGCAGGCACCUGGAGCUGUAUCUCUGUGUUGGCCUCGGUGUCCUGAAACAGAGUCCAGUCUAUAGCUCUACUUCUCAGCCAUAAGACUGCAGACAGAUCUCUGAUCUCACUUGCCAAGGAAGGGGCUGGGUUACAUUCUCCAGACACCACCUGAAUCAGUCAUUUGCACGGUAUUUGUGUUGGGAAGCUUGCUUGCAUAGGGUUUCUAUGUCAUCUCACUUGGCCUUAUGGCAGCUUCCCCAUGUUAGAUCUGCUAUGGAUAGUGCAAAGAUACCCCUUUUGAGAGUGGGAGUACACUGCAGUGUCUCCAGCCUGGGUCUCCUUGCCUAUCCUUGGAAGUUUGUCCUCUAGCUGGUGUAUGGGAAGUCAUUUGUCUCUGUUCUGCACCUUUCCAGGUCAAAAGCUGGAUUGACGGGGCCACAGUCUCCUUCCCUCCUCCCUGGGUCGUCAUCCACAUUCCUUGAAGCCAACCUGUUUGUUUUGUCUAAAACUUUUUUGAACUUUUAAGAACCACAAAUAGUAGCACCUGCUGCUUAGUUAUAGUCCAGGUCUGUGAGUUCAGUUGUGUGUGGUAUGCAGUUGCUUAUAAAGGCAGUGAAUACCCAACCACCUAAACCUCCUCCCUGUAUCUGUGAGAACUCCAUUCUCCCCAUUGCCUUUGCUUCCACCUGUCAUCAAUGCCUCAGGCAGAGCUGGAAUGUUGGGUUCCUUAAAGAAGGCAGCUGGACCCAUGGUGCCUCUGGCUCAGGAGGGUUGACUCCCAGGAAGCUACAGUGAUAACCAGCCAUCCCGGGAGAAUCGCUUUGUGAACCUCUCUCCAAUCAGUAUUCCAGCCUUAUGGAGGGGACCUGUGGCUAAGGGAGCUGAGAAAAUGUGGGGGAUUUGAAGCUACCCUACCUUCUAUAGUUAGCUGCACGAUACUUCGCUGAGCCAGGUUCCUACAGAACCUUCAUUUGGUGGUUCAUAAAAACCUCACCAAUUCAGGUUGACAGGAAGUUGCAAGGAAGGACAGCAAUUUGAGGACAAACCUGGCAGUUGUUGAGGGUACUCAUUCAGGUCCUGGGAGGCAUUGUGAUGCCAGGACUCCCAGCUCACCUUAAUACAGAUCUUCAUGAGCCAGAAGCUGACUGCUAAGUCAUAGUUUUGUUAGUCUGUUUUGAUCUUUAAAGGAUUUUUUUUAGCAUUCAAUGAGGGGGACAUGCACUACCAUACUUACUAACUUUGUAAUUAGUUAUCAGACUUACGGCUGGAUGUGGUGGAGUGUGCCUGUGACCCCUGGGAAGGUUGAGGCAAGAAGGUGUCAUUCAGGCAAAUCAGGGCUACAUAGUCUCAAAAAAAAAAAAAUUCAGACCUCUGAUAAAGGGCUAACAGAUCCAUUGUUGGUCCAUCCUGGAAUAA